AUGUCUUUGGGGACCGAGUCCUCGAAAUUAUGGAAAACCGCCGGUAUUAUUAAUUUCCCCUUUCUCUUCCCCUCAUUUUUUUCAUUUUUCCGUCUCCUUCCCCUUCUUUUUUCCGGUCUCUCAAUUUCUUUUAUCCAUGCCUCUUUUUCAUUUUUCCGUUGGUAUUCUUCUUUUAUCCGUCUUCCUCUUCUUCUUCAUUUUCCCCUACUUUUCUUCUUCUUCCUCUUUUCUUUUAUCCGUCCCUUCUUCUUUUUCCAUUAUUUUUCAUUUUCUUUUAUCCGUGCCUCUUCUUUUUUAGUAUUCAUCCGUUCUUCUUUUCUCCUUCUCUUCACAUUCUUCUCUCCAAUCUUCUUCAUAUCCGGCCACUCUAUUCCACCUCGAACAAAUCCACUCCCUGUAGUUUGUUUUAGACAAUUUUAAUGCUAGAUAUUUUUUUAUAAAUUUUUUAUAUUCAUUUCCUGUCGCAUAUUUUAGAUAUUUUAAUUUUUUUAAUUUUUUUUAUAACUGGAAAUCGGACUGAGAUCUUGAACGAUUAUUUUAUUUCGAAAAUUUUCACCUUUUCAAGAGUUCUAUUUUUGAUUCUUGUCUAUCAGUCCAAUCUCUAGUUAUAACACUUAAAUAUUUUCUAAAUUUUUUCCUGUUCCCAUAUUUUAGACUAGUUAUUUUCACCUAUAGUUCUU